AAUAAAAUCCGAUUUAUCCCUCACUAACUCACUAAGGACAUUAAGUGAUCCGACUUAAAAGAACUAAGCCACUACGUAUCAGUACUAUUUAUUAAUUUUCAAUCUUUGUGUGAUGACAUUUUAUAUGGAAAUGAAACUAUGCAAUUAAUAACCUAAGACAUAUGUUAUGCCGGUACCGUUCUUCACUACAUGAAAUGUUUCAUGAAAACUUAAAGAAAAUUCAAAAAUACUGGAAAACUUUGUGUUCUGAAAAAAUUUGACAAGAUGGAUGCAGAAGAUGUUUACGCCGAAAAUACUUGGACGUACCUAUCUAUGUGUACAGAACCAACUGUGUACGAAGGACUAAAAUUUGCUAAAGAUAUUUUAUUUUCUAAUUUGUUACUUCGUUUUACCAUUCAGUUUUUACCAUUACCUCAUAAUGUCAGACACAGUUUAUCUCUUAUUACGGGAGUUUACUUACUGUACAACAACAUUGGGUCAGCAAUUUUUUGGACAAUAGGGCUAACUACUGGAUCUUAUACAAUGAUCACAGUGCUAUCGUGGACUAAAAGUAAAAGGAGGUCACUGUUUGUGUCAUUUACAAUAAUCACAUUUCUUCUAUUAUGCGAAAUAUAUGUUUUGAAUCCAAAAAUGUGGCAACAGAUCAGAGGUAUUCAGAUGAUUGCUGCAAUGAAGAUUAUUUCUGUUGCAAUAGAACUGGAUAGAAAUAUAUACAAUAACAUCCUCAACCCAGUUGAAUAUGGAGGUUAUAUUUUUUGCCCUGCAAAUUGCAUUCUUGGCCCUUGGAUGUCCUUUCAAAGCUACAACAAGAGUUUGGAAGUCAGAUUCUUGUGCAAGAGAUGGUUCAGUAUUAUUUUGAUAAACUUAAUCUUGUCAAUCUCAUUCUUGGUAUUAUCAAACUGUCUGAUACCUUGGUAUAUUGAUGAUGAUAUGCCGAAAUGGUUGAUAGCAUAUAGAGACGCACAAGCAUUUAGAAUGUCCCAUUAUUUUGUAUCAAGUAUGUCAGUUCUUUCCAUGGUUAGUGCUGGAUUUGGGCUUACUAAUGACUGCCAUUGUGAGCUUAAAGUUACUAGACCUUCCUACAUUGAAAUACCCAGAUCACUUGUUCAAGUUGUUGUUUAUUGGAACAUUCCAAUGCACCAAUGGUUGAAAAUGUAUGUCUUCAAGACAUUUCAGCCCUAUGGUCAAUUUACAGCAAUACUCAUAACUUAUGCAGUGUCAUCAUUACUUCAUGGCCUCAAUUUCCAGCUGUCUGCAGUGCUUCUUAGCAUUGGAACAUUUUCAUAUGUUGAAUAUAACUUGAGAAGCAAAAUUGCAUUAGCACUUGAAGUAUGUUGCUUAGCUAAUCCAUGUUUGAAGCAAUGUACUCACAAAUAUAAGAAAAAUAGUUUACUUGCAUUGGUUGUGAAUUCCAUCUUUACAUUGAUAACGAUAAUGCAUUUAGCAUAUUUAGGAGUCAUGUUUGAGGCAUCAUUUUCAGUACAAGAGUCAGGGUUUUCAUAUUUACACACAAUGAGUAAAUGGGAAAACCUUAAUUAUUUCAGUCAUGGACUUGUUGUCUUUAUGUAUAUCAUUUAUUUAAUGAUGUGACUUCCUAAUUUAAGUAGUAGCAGUAUCUAUUAUUAACAAUUAAUAAAUUUAAUCUCUAUUUACUUUGAUCUCACCUAGUAUUUACUUUUAUAUGAACUAAAUAAAUCUUUAAUUAUUUUAUGUGGAUUGUAUGAGACGAUAAGCAGUAAGAUAGCAGAUAAGCAGUAGAUAGAUAAGCAGUAAAUUAAGGUAUGAAUCCCUAUUCUUAUCAUUUUGUUUACAGUAGUUAGGCUGUAAACUUAGACCUCUACAUCUAAGAGGUUACUGGAACUGAUAAAUGUCACAAAAGAUUCCAAUGUCAGAUUGAUUGAAUUUUCAACUGUAAGCAUUUUUCCAUUCUGCCCUCCAACUAGAAUUGUUUUUAAUAGAGAUAGGCUAAACAGUAGUAUCUGGUGACAGAUUUAGUUAAAAAGAUACCCUUCCAUCUACACAUAAU